UGGUGCAUCGAUGGAGAAUAAGCUCGCGGAGUUCAGAGCAAGACGAAAGGCAGCUAGAAAGGACGAUAGUAUUGGUCCGGAGAUCACAGCUAAAACAAAGAUGGACACAUCACAUCAGACUGAUACUACACCAGCUGGAAGUCAGGACACAGAGGAGAGGACAGAGACUAGUGACUCAACUCAGAGCUCUGCAAAGAAGGACGGUGCUGACUGGCUGCUGGACAGCGCAGUGGGAAGGUGGCUGGCCUCGAGACAGUUAGUCUUGUCAAACCUUACGUUGCUCAAAGUGCUGCUGUGGCUGGUGCUGCUCGGUCUGUUUGUUGAACUGGAGUUUGGCCUGCCUUUCUUCGUCAUCUCCCUCUUCUACUGGCUCUAUGAAGGACUCCGGAGCCCUGCUGCCCGAGAGCCCGGAGAACUGAGCGCUUACUCUGUAUUUAAUCCAGACUGUCAGCCUCUGCUGGGCACUCUCACUGCAGAGCAGCUGGAAGGGGAGAUGGGCUACAGACCGCUGGCCAACAGAUGAAAUGCUAUCAGUGAAAUAAUCAGAGCUUUUUGUCCUUCCAGAUAUUUUUUUUCAGGAACAAAAGGGACUUGGAGUAAUGAUAUUGAUACAUUAAUUCUGGUUAAGAAAUUAUUCAUGUUUUGUCUUUGAAGCACUUUAAUGUGGAAGAAAGCAGUCACUUUUAGUUUUGGGAGUGGGAUAUGCUACAGCAUUUUACCACCAUCGUUAAAUGCACAAUAUAAUUAUUAACAUUUUCUGAAUAUUUGGUGAAAGACCAUCAUUGGUUUGGUGCAAAGUCAUUCUAAGUCUCUUAAAUAAUAAAAAAGCAAACAUGACUUGUAAGAAAAAUUGUUUUAUUUCAAAUAAAUGGUUGUCAACGUU